AUGACCACCACGCGAAAGAAGCCGAUCCACCGCGCCAAGGACGAGCCAACUCCCGUUGUAGUAAUGGCGUCAAUCCUACAGGUGGCCCUGUCAGCCCUCCCAUUCGCUCAUCCGGCGCCACUUAUUUCCUUCCCGUCUCAGGAUGCCACGCGCUGGCUUGACGCCCGGCUGGGGCUAGUUACGGAGUAG